AUGCAAGACGGUGAUGAAGUUAACAUUCAAGAGUUGGCCUCCAAUCUCACCAUUUACAGAGAUCAACUCAACCAGGUUAGAGAACUUUUGAACGACGAACCCUCUAAUUCUGAGUAUGUCGACAUGGAAAGGGAGCUCUGCGAGGUCAUUGCUUUGACCGAAGAACUCCUCACAACUGCCAAGCAAAAUGAAAUUUCCGUUGCCACUCAAUCUCCAACUUUAUCAACAUCCAAGGAGAAUAAACCGGAGCUUGAUAGCCACUUUGAUCAUCAAGACAGAUUUCCCAUUGGCACCAGAGUUCAGGCAGUUUAUAGUGAAGAUGGGGAGUGGUAUGAUGCAACAGUUGAGGCAUACACGCCAAAUGGUUAUUAUGUUAGUUAUGACAGUUGGGGUAAUAAAGAAGAGGUAGAUCCUGCUAAUAUAAGGCCAAUUCAAGAAGGUACUGUUGAUGCUUUGGUAGAAGCGGAGCGCGUAGCCGAAGCUACAAAGCAGGCUAUCAAAAGAAAAAUUGCGCAAGCUGGGUCUGUUGAUUUUCAGUCACGAACUCUACCUGCAAAGCUUCGUAUAGAGCCCGAUGACCCUGAGGAUGUGAAAAUUACGAAACGGAAGAAAAUACAUGCCUUUAAGUCUAAGAUGCGGAUGGAACAACUUGAAGUCACACAAAAUAAGCGGCAAAAUGCUUGGCAGCAAUUCCAGACAACCAAAGGAAAAGCAAAAAAGAUUGGUUUCUUCUCGGGAAGGAAGCGGGAGAGUAUAUUUAAAUCUCCUGAUGAUCCUCAAGGAAAGGUUGGUGUGACUGGAAGUGGGAAAGGUUUGACAGAGUUCCAGAAAAGAGAGAAGCAUUUUCAUCUCAAGGAUGGCUCAAUCGAGAAUGAUGAAUAG